CGCGACUCUCUUUUUCUACGGCUCUGUAGUGACGCGUGCAGAGCUCGUUGUGAUACAGCCUACGUAACCGUAGACACUUCACUAGCCACGGCCCUCUUUUAAAGUUCCUGGGGGACGAGUGAAGGAACCCGGACGAAUCGAAGGAACGGGGCCACGAUUGAGCUCGAAGAAUAAAUACAAUUACAUUUUAUUCACCCCAGAAAGACCAUCGUCAAACCAACGACAAGGUGCAACACGGAAAACCAAGGUCUUGACUGCCCGAGAUCGUCAGAAAAUAAAGAAAAUGGCGGAGCCAGACAAAUUAAACAUCGACUCUAUAAUUCAGCGUCUGUUGGAAGUCAAGGGCUCUCGACCGGGGAAGAAUGUCCAGCUGACGGAGGGUGAGAUCCGCGGCCUCUGCCUGAAGUCCCGUGAAAUCUUCCUGAGCCAGCCCAUCCUGCUGGAACUAGAGGCGCCCCUCAAAAUCUGUGGCGAUGUCCACGGUCAGUACUACGAUCUGCUUCGGCUCUUUGAAUACGGAGGCUUCCCCCCAGAGAGCAACUACCUGUUCUUGGGGGACUAUGUGGACCGAGGGAAGCAGUCACUGGAGACCAUCUGCCUGCUCCUAGCCUACAAAAUCAAAUACCCCGAGAACUUCUUCCUGCUGCGUGGGAACCACGAAUGCGCCUCCAUUAAUCGAAUCUACGGCUUUUAUGACGAGUGCAAGCGAAGGUACAACAUAAAGCUGUGGAAGACCUUCACAGACUGCUUCAACUGUUUACCUGUGGCUGCCAUCGUAGAUGAGAAAAUCUUCUGCUGUCACGGCGGCCUCUCUCCCGACCUUCAGUCCAUGGAGCAGAUCCGCAGAGUCAUGCGGCCCACAGACGUGCCCGACCAGGGUCUGCUGUGCGACCUGCUGUGGGCGGAUCCAGACAAAGACGUGCUGGGCUGGGGCGAGAACGACCGCGGCGUCUCCUUCACCUUCGGGGCGGAUGUGGUGGCCAAAUUUUUGCACAAACACGACAUGGACCUAAUAUGCAGGGCACAUCAGGUGGUGGAAGACGGUUAUGAGUUUUUCGCCAAGAGGCAGCUCGUCACCUUGUUCUCUGCGCCCAACUACUGUGGCGAGUUCGACAAUGCCGGUGCCAUGAUGAGCGUGGACGAGACCCUCAUGUGCUCCUUCCAGAUUCUGAAGCCAGCAGAUAAGAAACUGUAUCCUUACGGCGGAGGGGGAGGGAUGGGAUCUGGGAGGCCGGUCACCCCGCCGCGAAAUUCGGCCAAGGCCGCCAAGGCCAAGAAAUAACAGCCGCUGGAUUCUGCUCCCCCCCGCUGUCCGCAUCACACUUUUACCCCCCCCCCCCCCCCCCCCCCACACCCCAUUCCUUUCAAACUUAUUUCUGCCGUGGAAACACAGCAGACAAAGUGUCCAGGGUUCAAUCAUGCUUUAUUUCGCUCUCUAAAACAAAUUUUACCUGUUAAUUUGGUUGUUUUGCGUGUGCAAUUUUGGUUUGUGUGAGUGUAGAAAGUGGGAAUGAUUCAGAGGGAAUUGCUGUGUUCCGUAUGUAUGUUUAUGUUUUUAUUUUUUUUUAAUUUUCUUUCUCCUGUACCCUGUUUUGUUUUCCUAUCAUUUUUGUAGAGGCAGAGUUCUUGCCCCAUCUGUGAUGUUAUUUCAACCCUGGGGGGCAGGGUGGGAGGCGGAGAGAGGAGUCUUAACUGUUUGUUAGGGCUCUGCACUGUUUAAUGCUAAACGCAAGCCUUUGUACAUCCUGUUUCAGAGGUCGGUCGGUCUGAUGAUGAUGAUGAUGAUGAUGAUGGGGGGGGGGCGGGGUUUGGGAUAAAUUUGCACGGUCAAACGAUAACGGCACAUACCACACGUACUGGGCACACAGGUGCAUUUAUGUGCGGCUGAAUUCCUCCAGAAAUGGAUUCACAAUGUUUUUUUUUUGUUGUUGUUUUUUUUUUUCCCCUUCGUAAACCAAUGACUUGAACAGUCAUGAAGUUUUGCUUUUCUUUCUUCUUUUGUAGAUACAUGAAACCUACGUGGUUUGACUUCUUUCUUGUUUUUAGUUCACUGCAGGUUGAAGAUGAAUAAAAAUAUCCAUUUAUUUGAA